CUUGUCCGCACUGAGCGCAUGAAAAUUCUGCUCUUUAGAUUUACACCAUCAAGCACAUCAUAAAUUAUAAAUCUUUUCAUCUUAACAGAUAGAAGGAUGUUGAAAUAUUGUAAAUGUCAUUUCGAACUGUCAAAAAACCGCACCGCAGCGCCGCACGGGCCGUUCAAAGUGAAAUUCACUAGAGUGUUUUCACCCGGGUGAAAAUCUCUUUGCGCACUCCGUGUGGCUCUGCGGUGCGGUUUUUUGACAGUUCGAAAUGACAUUUACAAUAUUUCAACAUCCUUCUAUCUGAUAAGAUGAAAAGAUUUAUAAUUUAUGAUGUGCUUGAUGGUGUAAAUCCAAAGAGCAGAAUUUUCAUGCGCUCAGUGCGGACAAGCCUGCAUAGUCAUGGCACCUAUCAACUAUUAUGCCUCGUCAGCUGUUACACUAAUACAUAUACAUACUGUUGAGAACCACUGAACAAUCUCUCAACUCUCGCCGCUCUGCUUGCUCGCCGAUGGCAUUUCAAUAUGCGAUCGGUUGAUGCACAAAAGCAGACAUUAGUUUUAGAAGUUCUGUAACCGUCAUUGUGUAUACGUGUCGCGUCAUAAUAAUGUAAUCUUUUAUGUAAAUAAAGUUACGUUUUAAUGUUUUAUGUUUACACCUGGAGUAAUCAAUACACUAUCAUGUGUUACGGCCACCCAGAACUCCAGGAUGUAACAGUGGCGACGAGAAAUUCGUACCCGUGCGUGCAGUGAGGAAUCGUGACGCGUUUGUUUUAUCGCGGAGGAGAAGAUGGACGGCACAAUGAACUUCGUGUGGAGCAAUCAAGUUCAGCUCCAGCAUCCAGCGUCAUUGGCUGGUUACGAUCCGCAUCAGCAUCAAGCGGGUCAGCGACUACAUCCGCCGGUUCUUGAAUCAGCACACAAGAACCACGCAUCAUCAUCAAUCCCGUCUUCUUCGUCAUGUCAACCCGCGAACAUUCAACCUCAUCAGCACCACCAUCACUAUCAACUGGCGGCUGGAUUCAAUGGGCCAUUCAGCAGUCCGCCAUUGUGUCAUGUGCAGCCAACAGUGGUACAACAAACACCACUGCCACUUUCGACCGUCCAGUUUCCACCCGGUCAGAAGCAGUCGGAGCAGUCCCUCCAGCAGAUACGAGAAGCCAGUGAAAGGUACUUUGAAAGUAUGCAACAACUGCUUCAGCUUCAGUAUCAACAUACCAUGGAAUUAAUUAAUCAACAAUUCCAUUGGUUUUCGAUGUAUUGGAGUACCCGACAACAAGCACACAACCAGCAAAAGUCGUCCCCGAUCAUCACGCAACUGCAAGGAACAUCGUAUCAAGCUCCAUAUCCAAACGUCGUCGCUACUACGGCAAUAAACGAGCGACAUCAGCAAAAGUCUUCAAUGGACCAGCUGAUUGUUCCCGCGCCGGCGAAGGUGACGACGACUCAGUGUGAUGAACAGCAGCAGCAGCAGCAGCAGCAGCAGAAACAACAAUCAAAAACGCCUAUCGCCGUACCUGCAGCCCCCGACGGCAGUAGUGAUGAAAACGAAGUCGAACACAGUCGGCAGAACAAAGAUACGACAGAGGUGUUCAAUUCGUACAACGUUGGAUCACCUCGGGAGAUUGAUCCGAAAUUUGUUCAACACUUUCUGGAUCGCAACGGGCACCGGAUGGAUUCAACAAGUGGGCGUGCUUCGAUAUUCAGUGAUGUCUUCGUGUGGAUAGUCAACCAUGGUGGAACCAGGAUCAAACUUGGAUGAUCGUGCAGCAGCCUUCGUCAAUAUGAUCACCGACCACGCUAUUACCCAUGUCCACCAUAAUCGAUCUUCUUACACCCGAAGACCGCUGCUAUGGAAACACCGUCAACGAUUCAGCGGGGGAGAUGUUGAGAACCACUGAACAAUCUCUCAACUCUCGCCGCUCUGCUUGCUCGCCGAUGGCAUUUCAAUAUGCGAUCGGUUGAUGCACAAAAGCAGACAUUAGUUUUAGAAGUUCUGUAACCGUCAUUGUGUAUACGUGUCGCGUCAUAAUCAUGUAAUCUUUUAUGUAAAUAAAGUUACGUUUUAAUGUUUUAUGUUUACACCUGGAGUAAUCAUUACACUGCAAUGUGUCUCGGCCACCCCGAACUCCAGGAUGUAACACAUACACUCUUACAAGGGGGUAAUACAAUUCCUAUUUAUUAUACAUUACACCAGGGGGCUGCCACUACUGAAUUCCAAUACUCCUCCUUAGUGCAGCCCCUUUGCGAACUCAACGAUACGAACCUAUCUUUCCUCCUCCUGGCUCAAAGCUGAGACCGGUACAUUGCACUUACUGCGUCAAGUAAUACAAAUCUUUACAUUUCUCACCUACAGCGAUAACUGUACUGCCAUCUAAUAUUUGGCAAUCCGUGGGUCCAAAAACAACUGAAUAACCCUGAUCCGUAAUACGACUGACCGACAAAACACUUUCAGAUAAUCCAGGCACAUACAAAAGUU